AUGGCGGAACACUUGAAAGCAACUUUUGCCCAGGCGAAAAAGGAUGGCCGCUCUGCCCUUGUGGGCUAUUUCACAGCUGGUUAUCCCACACCUGAAGAAACCCCGGCUAUUAUGCUGGGAAUGCAGGCCGGUGGCGUUGACAUCAUCGAGCUAGGUCUUCCCUUCACCGACCCCAUCGCAGACGGCCCUACAAUUCAACACUCGAAUACUGUCGCUCUUACGAACGGUGUCACUGUCUCUAGCACUCUCCAGUUUGUUCGGGAUGCUCGAAAGCAAGGCUUGCGGGUCCCCGUCCUCUUCAUGGGAUACUACAACCCUCUCCUACGCUAUGGUGAAGAUCGCAUGCUGAAAGAUUGCCGAGAAGCUGGUGUCAAUGGUUUCAUUAUGGUGGAUUUGCCCCCCGAGGAGGCAGUGAGGUUCAGAAACAAUUGCAAAAAGCAGGGUCUGUCAUAUGUGCCUUUGAUUGCCCCAGCGACCUCGGACAAGCGAAUGCAACUCCUGUGCAAGAUUGCAGACUCCUUUAUAUAUGUCGUCUCCAGGAUGGGUGUUACGGGCGCCACAGGGACUCUGAACACAAAGCUUCCCGAAUUACUCGCGAGAGUCAAGCAAUACUCGGGCGGGGUUCCAGCAGCCGUCGGCUUUGGUGUCAGCACCAGAGAGCAUUUCUUGAGUGUAGCCCAAAUCGCCGACGGUGUAGUUAUAGGCAGUCAAAUUGUCACGACACUGGGCAAUGCCAAGGAGGGUGGAGCAGCGAAGGCCGUGGAGGAGUAUUGCUCCCAGAUCACCGGGCGGACGGUUGGGGCAUUCAACGACACGAAUGGAUUGACUCGCGAAGUGGGAAUAGUAGAGACGAUGAACGCUGCCAAGGAACCCAACGCGAGCACCAUCAAUGGAAUCGACGGGCACCCAGUACAAGUGGAUCAGGUCAUCACCGACGAUGAUGUUCCAGACGAGCCAGGUCUUGCUGACCAAUUGGACGCCCUCAAUUCAUCUACAAAUGGUACCACACCCAACCCUAACGCGAUUCCUCAUCGAUUCGGUCAAUUCGGUGGACAAUAUGUCCCUGAAUCACUCAUGGAUUGCUUGGCGGAACUCGAAGAGGGCUUCACUAAAGCAAACAAUGACCCCGAGUUUUGGAAGGAAUUUAAAUCGUACUACCCCUACAUGGGUCGGCCUUCACAUCUUCAUCUCGCAGAAAGGUUGACUGCAGCGGCUGGUGGUGCACAGAUCUAUCUGAAACGAGAAGAUCUUAAUCACACUGGCAGUCACAAGAUCAACAAUGCGAUUGGCCAGAUCCUCAUCGCGAGACGGUUAGGCAAGACCCGAAUCAUUGCUGAGACUGGUGCAGGACAACACGGUGUAGCAACUGCAACAGUGUGUGCCAAAUUCGGCAUGCAGUGCGUUGUUUACAUGGGGGCCGAAGACGUAAGAAGACAAGCAUUGAAUGUCUUCAGAAUGAAAUUACUGGGUGCCAAGGUGGUGGCUGUCGAAGCAGGAUCACGCACUUUGCGGGAUGCAGUGAACGAAGCUUUGCGGGCGUGGGUUGUCGACCUCGACACAACACACUACAUCAUUGGGUCGGCCAUUGGACCUCACCCAUUCCCUACGAUUGUCCGUACUUUCCAGAGCGUGAUUGGACAGGAAACGAAAGAGCAGUUCAAAGCGCUCACUGGUGGCAAACUUCCAGACGCAGUCAUUGCCUGCGUUGGUGGCGGUUCUAAUGCUGUGGGCAUGUUCUAUCCCUUCAGCUCCGAACCAUCCGUGAAAUUGAUCGGAGUUGAAGCCGGUGGUGAGGGUGUAGACACUGAUAAACACUCGGCCACUCUGGGAGGUGGUUCCAUUGGUGUGCUGCACGGUGUGAGGACAUAUGUCCUGCAAAAUGAACACGGCCAGAUCAGUGACACACAUUCGAUCUCCGCCGGUCUUGAUUAUCCUGGUGUUGGGCCGGAGCUCUCGAAUUGGAAGGACAGCGACCGGGCGAUCUUCAUCAACGCGACCGACCCUCAGGCUUUGAUAGGGUUCCGGACCUUGAGUGAGACCGAAGGCAUCAUUCCCGCUCUUGAAUCAAGUCACGCCAUUUACGGUGCGAUGGAGGUCGCCAAGAAGAUGAAGAAGGAAGAGACAAUUGUCAUCUGUCUCAGUGGAAGAGGUGACAAGGAUGUACAAAGUGUUGCGGAUGAGCUGCCUAAACUUGGUCCGGUUAUUGGUUGGGAUCUGCGAUUUUAA